AUGCCACAACGUUACGAGGAACUUCCCUCACACCCACCAGCCUAUGAUUUUGACGCUCCAAACGGGAGCCGCAGAGGGUCUGACGAUGAUAUAGAAGCGGGAUCCAGAGCUUCAGAGGAUUCACUGACUAGAGAGAUUGAAGAAAUGGAAAUAGAAGAUGAACCCAGCUCUUCCAAUAGACUGAGAGGAUCUCUUUCCAGAGCGAGGUUUGCUGGUCAAAGAAUUGCUCAUAAUUUUAGUUCAAAAUUCAUUUCACCUGUACAGAGAAUAUUGGACCCUGUUGCGGAAGGUUAUCAUACUUUAUCUACAAAAUUUGAAGCUAAAUUAUCUAAAUUAGGAAAUCCAUUGAUACUUAAGAGAUUUGCCUAUGUGUUAUUUAUAUCCCUUAUCAUUUAUGGUAUAACUCUUGCUGGUCUGUUCCCAAGUGAUAAUUCUAAACAAUAUGGCUCAUUUAGUGAUAGGAAAUUAUUAAAUGAUUUUGUUAAAGAAUCUAUUGAUUUAAGAUCAAUGGAGGAAAACUUGGAAUAUUUAUCAACAGUACCACAUAUUGCUGGUACAUCUGGUGAUUUGACAUUGGCAAGAUAUGUUGAAUCUUAUUAUAGACAACAAAAUUUAAAACUGGUUGAUUUUGAAGAAUUAAGAACAUUAUUAAAUUUCCCAAAUAAAACCACAUUGAGUUAUGAAGAUCAAACUAUAGAUAUUACAGAACAAUUUAAUCCAUUAUCCAAAGAUGCUAAACAUACAGGUAAUCUAAUUUAUGCAAAUUAUGGUAGAAAAUUAGAUUUUGAAAAAUUAGAAUCAAAUAAAAUUAAUUUAAAAGAUUCAAUUGCUAUAAUAAAAUAUGGUAAAAUACCAACAAGUUCACAAAUAUUAUUAGCUGAUACAUUUGGAUGUAAAGGUGUUCUUUUCAUUUCAGAAACCGAGGAUUAUCCAGACACUUAUGAAAGAAGAAGUGUUGGUAUACCAGAAUUUUAUCCAGGUGAUCCAUUAACACCAGGUUGGUCAACCAGUCAAUUACCAAAUAGAAUGCAUAUGAAUGAUGCAAGUAUGGCUAAGAUUCCAAGUGCAGUAUUAACAAGAAAUCAAGCCAAACCAUUAUUAAAAUCAUUGGAAUCAAAAGGUAUAAAAUUUGAUGAUGGGUUUUCAAGUGGUGAUGGACAAUCAUAUCAAAUUACUUUAGAUAAUCAUGUUACAUAUAAUCAAGAUCAUGGUAUUUGGAAUGUAUUGGGUAAAAUUGAAGGUAAAGAACAAAGUGAUAAAGCUUUAAUAAUUGGUGCACAAAGAGAUUCACCAUGUAAUGGAGCAAUUUAUCCAAAUACAGGUACCACUAUAUUAUUAGAAUUGGUUCAAGUUUUUGAUAAAUUAAGAAGAAAUUUCAAUUGGACACCGUUAAGAUCUAUUUAUUUUAUUUCAUUUGAUGCUACAGAAUAUAAUUUCGCUGGUGUUACUGAAUUAAUGGAAGGGAAAGUUCGUGAAAUACGGAAAGAAACUACAGCAUAUAUUGAUUUAAGUGAUGCUGUUGCAGGUGAUCAACUUGAAGUAUCAUUAAGUCCUAUAUUGAGAGGAAUUUUUAAACAAUAUCAAGAAGAAUUUCAAUAUACUGAAAAACCAUUUGAUGAAUAUAAAAAUACAUUACCAUUUAUAACAGAAGGUGUUCCAAUAAUUGAUUUUGGUUAUAAAGGGUUGAAAUAUCCAAAAUUUACAUGUCAAGAUACAUUUGAAAAUUUUAAACAACAUGGUGAUUCAGAUUUUUCCAAACAUGCCAAAUUAGUUGAAUUUAUUUCCAAGAUUGCACUUCAUAUAAUUGAAGAUCCAUUAAUACCAUUUGAUGUUACAGAUUAUGUUGAAGGAUUAAAUGAUUAUUUUAAAGAUUUACAAGCAUAUGCCAAAUUUAUUGGUGGUGAAGGUGAAGAUAAAAUAAAUUUUGGUCCAUUAAUGGAAGGUUUAUUAAGAUUGAAAAAAGUUGGUAAAGAAUUAGAAUUAUGGGCUAAAGCAUGGAAAGAAAUUGUUGAUGAAGAUAAUGGAACAGAACCAUCACUGUUAUCAGUUCAUAGAUGGAAUUGGAAUUCUAAAUUAAAUCAAAUUGAAAAAUUAUUCUUAUCAGAUGAUGGUGGAUUACCAAAUAGAAGAUGGUAUAGAAAUUUAAUAUUUGGACCACAAUUUUGGAAACCUGAAGAAGGUGAUUUCAAUUGGUGGACAUUCCCAGGUGUUAGAGAUGCGAUUUUUAAUCAAGAUUGGAAAUUAGCACAAGAAGAAGUUGAUCGUGUAUCAAGAGCAUUAACUGACGGUGCAAGUGUCUUUGUUUCUUCAUGA